UCUCUUCGCCGACAACCACACUCACGCAUUCUUUCGAUGAAAAUAUUCCUGGCCACGAUGGAUCUCGACGGAGUCUAAAAUUAGACUUGUGUCUUACUGAGUUUUUCUCCACUCGUGAGUCUAUAUAGAUGUGAAAAUUGCACUCAACAGCUUUUCUCGCUGUCGUAUUUAGAAAUUUUGUGUUUAGAAAUUUCCUGAAUAUUCACUUAAUAGCUCUCAAAGGCUUUUUAAAAUGCAUAAAGUUCCUUUGCUGCCGAUCAUUUGGUGAGCGCUAAGGGGAAACGAUGGCGAAAAUUGAAAAGUGCCGAUCACUCUUGCGGCCCUGAGCAUUUUCGGGUGCUUUUCACAACAAACCGCGAGACAGAUCAUUCAGUUGCUCGUAGAAUUUCUUGCCAAGUGAACGUCUUUCUCGUCCUCAGAAGGUUGAGUGGCGGAGAAUAUCAAAUUGAUUGCCAUUGAGGCAGGUUUAGGAGAGCCUUUUCAGCCCAAUUUCAUACACUCUGACCGCCAGCAGUGAGUGGAUUUUGGCAGUGACGACGAGAUCAUCCCUGAAAAUGUUAGAGUCCCAAUUUUGCAGCCUUUGGAGGAGUUCUGUGAUACAAGAAUAGAUUGUGAUCAGCAUUGUCUUCAUAAGAGGGCAUAAUUUUGGCAAUUUUAUAAGCACUUUGAGUCAAUCGGGACAGACUUUCCGGCGAUUUGCCGUUCCCGCGUUCUUCCCGCAAUCGAGUACGAAUUGUACGAAUGUAUUUUGUAGUUCCAGUGUGAGCGCAAUAAUUGAAAGCCACGAGACUAGAGGCAGAGGAUUGGUGUACGAGUGAGGUGUAAAAAGUGAAGAAGUCACAACCACACAGAGAAGAUGUUCGGCCGGAGUGGUAACAAUGCAGCGGCGGCUGGAGCGUCUGGUGGUGGUGGAGAGAAUGCCGGCUACUUCGGAGCGCGAGCCACGGGUCCUCCAGCAGUUGAGACUGGUCCACGCGCGCGAUCGGACAUAACUGACUACCGUGGUGUUAACUUAGCGAGCGGCGGUGCAGGUGGAUUACCCAGUGGAUACCAGACUCAGCAACCACAGCAGCAACCAGGCCAAUCUCACCUGUGCCAGCAGGAUCCACAGCAGGCUGAAUACUACGACGAAGACGAAGAGAUGGAGGCUGAGAGAGAUUUGGCCGAGGAUGCUCAGUGGAAGCGUAUUCAGCAGAACACUUUCACUCGAUGGGCCAAUGAACACCUGAAGAUCAUCGACAAGACCAUCGGGAGUUUGGAGACGGAUCUCAGUGAUGGCCUGAGAUUGAUCGCAUUGAUUGAGGUGUUGUCGCAGAAGCGUCUUCCCAAGCACAACAAACGUCCCACAUUUCGCAGUCAGAAGCUGGAAAAUGUGUCCGUGGCGCUCAAGUUUCUCGAGGAGGAAGGAAUCAAAAUUGUCAAUAUCGACUCAACGGAUAUCGUGGAUUGCAAGCUGAAGUUGAUUCUUGGACUGAUAUGGACACUCAUUCUGCACUAUUCCAUCUCGAUGCCAAUGUGGGAGGGCGAGGAUGACAGUCAGUUGAACGGAAGUGGACCGACUCCCAAGCAGCGUCUGAUGGGAUGGAUUCAGGGCAAGAUUCCAGAUCUGCCGAUUGGUAACUUCACCACGGACUGGAAUGACGGCAAAGCUGUUGGUGCUCUCGUGGACGCCGUGGCGCCGGGCUUGUGUCCUGAUUGGGAGUUGUGGGAUCCCAAGGAUGCCGCUCAGAAUGCCACAGAGGCCAUGGGACUGGCCGAUGAUUGGCUGAACGUGCGCCAGUUGAUCCGUCCGGAGGAGAUGGUGAAUCCCAAGGUGGAUGAACAGUCGAUGAUGACGUACUUGUCGCAGUAUCCCAAUGCCAAGCUGAAGACUGGAGCUCCAUUGCGUCCCAAGACGAAUCCCAACAGCAUUCCACCACCUCGGGUACGUGCCUAUGGUCCAGGAAUUGAACCGGUUGGACCUGUCGUUGGGGCUCCGGCCAACUUCACCGUGGAGACAUUCUCUGCGGGAAAGGGGGUUGUGGAUGUGACUGUUGUGGCACCAAAUGGGGCCUCCGAGAAGGCAGAUUGUCGGUACAACAAUGACAAGAACCUCACGUACUCUGUGUCUUAUGUGCCCAAAGUGGAGGGGCCGCACAAGGUGUUUGUCAAAUAUUCCGGUCGGGACAUACCCAAGAGUCCAUAUGAAGUGCGCGUGGAGGGACACGCUGGAGAUGCGAGCAAGGUCACGGCCAGUGGACCUGGACUGCAACCCGAUGGCGUGAGUGUUAAUCGCCCCACAUUCUUUGACAUCUUCACUAAGGAUGCCGGACGUGGAGUGCCAGAGGUGAUAAUUCUCGAUCCGGCGGGGCACAAGACGACAGUUCCGGCCAAAGUCAGGCAGACGUCGCCGGAUGUGUGGCGAUGCGAGUACAUGUCUGGUCAUGUGGGACUUCACUCGGUGAACAUCUUUUAUGCCGGCAAGGCCAUAAAAAAUAGUCCCUUUGGCGUUCGUGUGGCACCAGUGUCUGAUGCGCGGAAGGUACGUGCCAGCGGACGUGGUCUUCAGCCGACAGGUGUAAGAGUGGGAGAUGUGGGGGAUUUCAAGAUCUACACCGAGGGUGCUGGCGAGGGAACUCCCGAAGUGAGGAUUAUCGGACCUGGAGGAGUGAAUGAGAAUGUGUCUCUGAAGAAGCUCAAUCCAACCACUUACGAAGCGGUGUAUUUGCCGAAGAAGGAGGGCCGCUAUGUUGCGAUGGUGACUUUCAAUGGCCAGGAGAUUCCCAAGUCGCCUUUCGAGGUGAUGGUGGGUCCACACAAGAAGUCCACAAUUGUCGCAUAUGGUCCGGGACUGACGGGCGGAAUUGUGGGCUAUCCGGCAGCUUUUGUGGUGGAGACAAAUGGAGAGACAGGAGCUUUGGGCUUCAGUGUGGCUGGACCCUCUCAGGCGGAGAUUGACUGCACAGACAAUGGCGAUGGCUCGGCUCUGGUGAAAUAUCACCCAACUGCUCCGGGAGAAUAUGCUGUGCAUAUCUUGUGUGACUCUGAAGAUAUCCCCAAAAGUCCUCACAUUGCUCAGAUCAUCCCCCAGUCGGACUUCCAUCCCAACUUUGUGAAGUCCUUCGGACCUGGACUCCAAGCGAAUGGUGUGGUGACGAAUAAGCCCACAGAGUUCACAGUGGACACAAGAAAGGCUGGAUCAGCACCGUUGGAGGUGAAGGCGCAGGAUUCCAAUGGGACGCAAGUUCCUGUGAUGGUGAAGGACAGGCCAGAUGGAACAAAAGCCUGUACCUAUACUCCGAAAUCCAAUUUGCCACAUACAAUUGAAGUAAAUUAUGGUUCUGUGGCUACGCCAAACUCUCCGUAUCGUGUGUACGUAAGUGAUCCUCUGGAUCCCAGUAAAGUGGAGGUAUUGGGACCUUGGGUGGAGCCUGGUGUGAAGCCCAAUGUGCCGACUCACUUCAAUGUGGACGCCAGGAAUGCGGGAGAUGGCGAGCUGAAAGUCAAUGUGGUUCAUGAUGAGACGAAGAUGGAUGUUCCAGUGAGAAUACUAGACAAUGAGGACAACACCUACGCUGUGGAGAUUACUCCACCUCUGACUGGUUCAUACACCACCAAUUUGACUUAUGGAGGACUGAAAGUACCUGUUUCCCCGAAAGUCUUUGUCGUGAAGGCCGUGGAUGUGUCCAAGAUCAAAGUUGAUGGCUUAGAACCAACCGCUCCGGUGAAUAGCCUGCAACAAUUCCGCGUGAUCUUGUCAGAAGGUAUUGGGCGGGCGGAUCUCGCUGUGACAAUCACCAGUCCGUCAGGCAGCCGCGUAAAGGCGCAUGUUAUUCCGACUGCUGAGGGCUUCCUUGUGAAUUUCACACCCACUCAACUCGGGGAAUACUUGCUGAGUGUGAGUUUCGGCGGGACGCCAAUCACGGCGCAUCCCUUCCACUUGCAAUGUCUCUCGGGCAGUGAUUCGAAGAAGGUCACUGCCAGCGGACCCGGCUUGGAGCGCGGAAUUGUGGGACAACCGGCGGAGUUUAUGAUUGAUACACGAGGCGCAGGCCAAGGUGGCUUGGGAGUGACGGUGGAGGGUCCAUGCGAGGCUGCAAUUAACUGUCGGGACAACGGCGAUGGGACUUGCAAUGUGGCGUAUCUGCCCACGGAAAUUGGCGACUACUCCAUCAACAUCACAUUCAAUGAUCAGCACAUACGAGGCUCACCGUUUCAGGCCAUUAUCCUGCCACAGCCGAAUCUGAACAAGAUCAAAGUGUCUGGCAUUGGGAUUCAACCUCAUGGUGUCGUCAUGAAUGCCGGAACGGAUUUCACGGUGGACAUGAGCAAAGUUGGUGGUGAUGUGGACGCUAAGAAGCUGAUGUGUUCUGUCUUUGAUCCGCGUGGGAAUAUUCUGCCCAGCCAGAUUGUGCCCAGCACUUCGAAUGACACCUUCCAGAUCAUGUACACCCCAUUCGAGGCAGGAAGGCACACCAUUGAGCUACUCUAUGACAAUGUGCCAGUGCCAGGAUCACCGUUUGUUGUACACGUGAAGAGUGGUUGCGAUCCCAGUCGAUGCAGGGCAUUUGGACCGGGUCUGGAGCGAGGCUUGACAAACAAACCGUGCCAUUUCACUGUUGAGACGCGUGGUGCUGGCACUGGUGGACUCUCGUUGGCCAUCGAGGGACCCUCAGAAGCGAAGAUGACGUGUGUGGAUAAUCGCGAUGGCUCGUGCGAUGUGGAGUACACACCCACAGAGCCGGGAGAGUAUGACAUCACGAUCAGAUUUGCUGACAAGCACAUCCCUGGAUCGCCGUUCAAGGUGUUUGUCGACGAGUCUGUGGAUCCCAGCAAGGUGAAGGUGUAUGGAGCGGGCAUUGAACAUGGUGAAGUGCGCGAAGGCGUGCCAACACACUUUCUAGUCGACGUGGGAGAGGCAGGUCCUGGGAGAAUCUCCGUGAAACUCAAUGCAUCCGAUGGGAAGACUUUGGAGAAUGUGAAUGUGGAGGACAAGGGCAAUGGUCUAUAUGCUGUUCACUAUGUUCCGCCCAAAGAGGGAACAAAUCUCACGGCCAGCAUCAAGUUUGCCGACCAAGAAGUGCCUUGCAGUCCAUUCGUUAUGAGUGUCUUUCCAAAAUUCGACACGAAGAAUGUCAAAGUGUCAGGAGAUACUCUUAAGAAGGAGUUGCCUGCUUCGCUGCCGGCUAAGUUCCAGAUCGAGACGAAGAAGGCCGGUCAAGCGGACAUCAAUGUGUCGAUAAAGAAUCCGCAGGGAAAGGCUCUGGUGCCGAAGAUGGAGGAGAUCGAGGAUGGGACGUACGCUGUGACUUUUGUGCCAGACGAGUGUGGUCCGUACAAUGUUAGCAUCAAGUAUGGAGGCAAGGAUGUCAUUGGAUCGCCUUUCUUGCUGCAAGCUCAUCCCACGGGUGAGGCGAAGAAGUGCAAAAUUCCCGAGGAAAUUGUGAAGAAGGCCGAACCUGGGACGAAGAAUCACAUUCCGGUGGACGCGAGAGAAGCCGGAACAGGUGCUGUAACGUGCAAAAUUGUAUCACACACCGGAAGUGAUGUGGACAUUGAUAUUAUGGAGAAGGAUGGCUUCUUCGAUAUCUUCUACGUGCUGAGCGAUCCUGGAGACUAUGAUUUGGACAUCAAGUUUGGCGGACAGAAUAUACCCAAUGGAACUUUCUCAAUCAAGGCUGUUGAGAGCAUCCAACAGACCAGCAUCACCACCACAACAACCAGUCAUCAUCAGCAAUCUAUUGAGCAGUCACAGACGAUAAAAGUCGAACACAAGUCAGACAGUGAGCAGAUUGACGAGAAGCCUGUUCACGCUGUCAACGGAAAAUCUGACUAUAAACUCAACAGCAGCAGCAACAGUAGCACCAGCAAAUUCAGAACUAUCGCUCUCGAUAAGCUUCCUCUUCCCAGUACAGGUGGAAACGUUUUAGCCGAAGUGAAAAUGCCGUCUGGAAAUGUGGAUAAGCCGGCGAUUGAGGAUAAUCGCGAUGGCACGGUGUCCAUCAAGUACGAUCCGCGCGAAGAGGGCAUCCAUGAGCUGGCCGUGAAGUACAAUGGCGAGCAUGUGCAAGGAAGUCCCUUCAAGUUCCACGUGGACUCCAUCACGUCGGGCUACGUGACUGCCUACGGACCGGGUCUCGUUCACGGCGUGAGUGGUGAGCCAAGCAACUUCACGAUCUCGACGAAGGGCGCGGGAGCUGGUGGCUUGUCGCUGGCCGUGGAGGGUCCCAGCAAGGCGGACAUCACGUAUAAUGACAACAAGGAUGGUACAGUGUCGGUGUCUUAUCUGCCCACGGCGCCCGGCGAGUACAAGAUCUCCGUGCGAUUUGGCGACAAGAACAUCAAGGGAUCGCCAUUCUUUGCCAAGAUCACCGGCGAGGGGCGGAAGCGCAAUCAGAUCUCGGUGGGAUCGUGCUCGGAGGUGACACUGCCGGGCACCAUCACGGAUGCUGAUUUGCGGGCACUGAAUGCGUCCAUUCAGGCGCCGAGUGGCCUCGAGGAGCCGUGCUUCCUGAAGCGUCUGCCGACCGGCAACAUUGGCAUCUCCUUCACGCCGCGCGAGACUGGCGAGCACACGGUGUCGGUGAAGAGGAUGGGCAAGCACAUCACCAACAGCCCCUUCAAAGUGAAUGUGUGCGAGCGUGAGGUGGGCGACGCCAAGAAGGUGGUGGUGACGGGAAAUGGACUCAAGGAGGGCCGCACUCACGUGGAGAACAACUUCUCCGUGGACACGCGCAACGCCGGCUUCGGUGGCUUGUCGCUGUCCAUUGAGGGGCCCAGCAAGGCGGAGAUCCAGUGCAUGGACAAGGACGAUGGCACUCUCAACAUCAGCUACAAGCCCACGGAGCCCGGCUACUACAUCGUCAAUCUCAAGUUUGCCGAUCAUCACGUCACGGGAUCGCCGUUCACGGUGAAGGUGACUGGCGAGGGCAGCAACAGGCAGCGCGAGAAGAUCCAGCGCCAGAGAGACGCCGUGCCCAUCACUGAGGUUGGCAGUCAAUGCAAGCUGACGUUCAAGAUGCCCGGCAUCACGUCUUUCGAUCUGGCUUCCACGGUCACGUCGCCUGGCAACGUGAUGGAAGAUGCGAUGAUCCAAGAGGUGGAGGAUGGCCUGUAUGCAGUGCACUUUGUACCGAAAGAGUUGGGUGUGCACACGGUCUCUGUGCGCUACAAGGACAUGCACAUCCCUGGAUCACCCUUCCAAUUCACUGUGGGCCCGCUGCGUGACUCUGGGGCACAUCUCGUGAAGGCCGGCGGCGCCGGCCUGGAGCGUGGCGAGGUGGGAGUCCCGGCGGAGUUCAAUGUGUGGACACGCGAGGCGGGCGGCGGCGCUCUGGCGAUUUCCGUCGAGGGUCCCAGCAAGGCGGAGAUUGAGUUCAAGGAUCGUAAGGACGGCUCGUGCGAUGUGUCGUAUGUGGUGAGUGAGCCUGGAGAGUAUCGCGUGGGACUCAAGUUCAACGAUCGCCACAUCCCCGAUUCGCCGUACAAGGUGUACAUUUCGCCGGCGAUGGGAGAGGCGCACAAGCUCGAGGUGGCGCAAUUUCCGCAGGGCGCUGUGCAGGCGGACACGCCGGCGCAGUUCAUCGUGAGGAAGAACGGCGCCAAGGGUGAAUUGGACGCAAAGGUGCUGGCGCCAUCCAAUCAGUCCGAUGACUGCUUCAUCCAGCUCAUCGACCAGGACACCUACUCAGUGCGAUUCUACCCACGCGAGAACGGCAUCCACGCCAUUCACUGCAAGUUCAACGGCGUUCACAUCCCAGGAUCGCCGUUCCGCAUCAAGGUGGGCAAGGAUGUCGCUGAUCCGGCGGCCGUGCAUGCGUCCGGCAAUGGGCUGCACGACGUGAAAACGGGCGUGAAGACGGAUCUCAUCAUAGACACGUGCAAUGCUGGAGCCGGAACGCUUGCGGUGACGAUUGAUGGGCCGUCCAAGGUGUCCAUGGACUGCACGGAGGUCGACGAGGGCUACAAAGUGCGCUACACGCCCCUCUUGCCAGGCGACUACUACAUGUCCAUCAAGUACAACAAUAUGCACAUCGUGGGAUCGCCGUUCAAGAUUACCUGCUCAGGUGAUAAACUGGCUGAGGAAGGCGCUCAAGAGACGUCAUCAGUGAUCGUUGAGACGGUGCCUAAGGUGUCCAAGGGCGGCAAGGUGGCCGGCCCCAUUCUGCCCAUCUUCCGCUCGGACGCCUCCAAAGUGCAGUCCAAGGGCAUGGGCCUGAAGAAGGCUUAUCUGGGCAAGCAGAACCAGUUCACGAUCAACGCAACUGACGCGGGCAACAACAUCCUGUUUGUGGGCGUGUACGGGCCGAAGGGGCCCUGCGAGGAGGUGUACAUCAAGCACACGGGCCGUAAUACGUACACGGUGAACUAUGUGGUGCGCGAGCGCGGCGAUUACAUCGCCAUCAUCAAGUGGGGCGACGAUCACAUCCCUGGGUCGCCCUUCAAGGUGGAGGUAUAGGAGGAGGACGAGCAUCAGCCAAGAGAGACACCCUUUGCACACUUAAGAGAGACAUUAAUCAUCGAAUAUAUUCGUUCCUUUUUGACCCCCUCCACAUCCCUUGUUCUAAGCCACUCUCUCCGCAAAGUGCGCGCACGCGACGGGAAAAGAGGCGCGCAAGAGAUUCUCGAAUGAUCUUCAAUCUCUAUUACACACUUUUGCAUAUCACAAGACUCAAAGAGAUGAUCAACCUCUUCUUCUGGCUUUUGGCAGUCUCGCGUGAGAGAGAGAGAGAGAGGAUAAUUGCAAUUGAGGAAAAAUUAAUGAUAGUGUUUUAAGUGACAUACAAUUUAGUGCCCACUUCCUUUAUACAUUUAAGAUUGUAAUUUACAGCAAAUUUAUUGUAUUAUUGUAACUUCUAGGAGGAGAAUAAAUUUAUUAAAAGUUUA